AUGCCACUUGGAUUACAGGCUGGCUCUAGGCUUGGUGGAAAGGGAAAGGGAAAGGAAAAGGCUGUGCGCACAGCAAGAAAAGCUCCAGUUCGCUCAUCUCAAGCUUGCAACAAUCAUGCUCAGAAGGCCAUGCGCCGUGCAAAGUCUGGCACCAAGGCUCUCCGCGAUAUCAGAAGACAGCAACUUGAUACUCGCCUGAUUAUUCCAAAGCUCUCAUUCCAGCGUCUUGUUAGGGAAAUCGCACAAGACUUCAAGUCCAAUCUUCGCUUCCAGCAAUCUGCUAUCCUAGCUCUCCAGGAAGCUGCCGAAUGCUUCCUCAUUCGAGAAUUUGAGAUGACAAAUCUCCUUGCUAUUCAUGCGAAGAGAGUGACAAUUCAGGCAAAGGAUAUGGGCCGCAGUCAUGAGGUGGAGCAUCAAACUGGUAGCUGGCAAUAA